AUGCCACUAACAAGAAAACAUCGGAUUAUUAUUGGUAGUAUAGUAGCUAUACUAGCCUGUAUUCUUGCAAUUGGUAUUACUAUUGGAGUUGUUGCCGGUAGACGAAAAUCUACUCCAUUAACAAUUCAAGAGCAAGUAAAUCAAAUACUUGCAAAUAAUCCAUUAAUAGAUGGACACAAUGAUUGGGCUUGGCUUAUUCGAGCUAAUUUUCAAAAUCGUAUCAAUGAUCUUGAUUUAUUCAAUAUGACUCAAUAUCAAUUAAAAAAUACAACACCAUCACAUACUGAUAUAACACGUUUACGAAAAGGUCAAGUUGGAGGACAAUUUUGGUCAAUCUAUACGGGCUGUGAACAUCAAGGAAAAGAUGCUACAGUGAGUUUUAUGGAACAAAUUGAUGUUAUGAAACGAUUAAUAGCUAAACAUCCAGAUAUAUUUCAAAUGGCUACAACAGCGAAUGAAGUUCGACAAGCAUUUUCUAGUAAACACAUAGCAAGUUUAUUUGGUAUAGAAGGUGGACAAGCUAUUGAAAGUUCAUUUUCUAUCUUGAGACUUUUCUAUCAAAUGGGUGUACGAUAUAUGACAUUAACACAUAAUUGUAAUACUCCAUGGGCUGAUCAAAAUAAAGUCGAUCGUAAUGAUUCAGUAUUAAUAAAAAAUAAUGGUUUAACAGAAUUUGGUAAAAGAGUUAUAGCAGAAAUGAAUCGACUCGGAAUGUUAGUCGAUCUAUCACAUGUUGCAAGAAAAACAAUGUUAGAUGUAUUUAACAUAACUCGAUCACCAGUUAUAUUUAGUCAUUCAUCGGCUUAUACAGUAUGCAAUCAUACACGAAACGUUCAAGAUGAUAUACUUGAAUUAGUCAAAAUAAAUCAAGGUAUAGUCAUGGUUACAUUUGUACCUGGUUUUAUCGUAUGCAGUGAUACAAAUAGAGGAACAAUUGAUGAUGUUGCUGCACAUAUUAAUCAUAUACGUAAUACUGUCGGUAUUGAGGGCGUGGGUCUUGGUGCUGAUUAUGAUGGUAUUCAGACAACACCAAUUGGACUUGAAGAUGUCUCAAAAUUCCCCAAAUUAAUCGAAUAUUUAUUAUCGCAAGGAAAUUGGACACAUGAUGAUAUUAUUAAACUUAUUGGUGGAAAUAUUUUACGUGUAAUGGAAAAAAAUGAACAAAUUGCACAAGAACUUCAGAAGACAAUGAAACCAGAAGAAAAUUUAAUAAGUAUUAAUGAAUUAGAAACAUAUAAUCUGACACAAUGCCGAAACUUGGAUAUGUAUCCAUCAAUAGUAACAAAUGCAACUUCUUAA